GCCUGCCUUCUCCGGGGCUUCCAUUCAUUCUGGGCCAAAAGGGAACUGCGGACCCCGUUCCCAAACUGUUGUAGUUUCGCGGACCGACUGUUGGGAGGAAGCCUGUCUUCCAGUGAAGGGACCACCUGGCUGACAGCCCUAGGGAUGGAGGCGAGAAGGGACAGAGUUGGACAGUUUUGGGCCUGGGAACGUCUUGUCCUCGGGCGAGGGUGUGGGGACCCUGAAUGAAAUUUCGAUAGUCCCAGAGUGACCGUCCGGGUGCGCAGAAUAAGAUUCUGGGGGGCGGAGGGCGAGGAUCUGAAGCCCCAGGAUUAGGUGGGGUCCAAUUGCCCAGGAUGACAUUCUGGGAGGCGCCGAGUGUGUGGCGGCCCCAGCAUUAACACGUGGUUGCCCAGGGUGGAAUUCUAGGAGCCCAGAUUAGGUUGGGUCCAGGCACUGCCCGAACCACCGAGCCGCCGGACACGCGGGCCGCGGGGGCGUCGCGGGCUCAACCCCAGGAUGCUCCCCUUCACCUCCUGCCUCCCCGGGUCUCUACUGCUCUGGGCGCUGUUGCUGCUGCUUUUGGGGGCAGCGUCUCCCCAGGAUUCGGAGGAGCCCGACAGCUACACGGAAUGCACAGAUGGCUAUGAGUGGGACCCUGACAGCCAGCACUGCCGGGAUGUCAACGAGUGCCUGACCAUCCCUGAGGCCUGCAAGGGGGAGAUGAAAUGCAUCAACCACUAUGGGGGCUACUUGUGCCUGCCCCGCUCAGCUGCCGUCAUCAAUGACCUGCAUGGCGAGGGCCCGCCACCACCAGUGCCUCCCGCUGAACACCCCAACCCCUGCCUACCAGGCUACGAACCUGACGAGCAAGAGCGCUGUGUGGACGUGGACGAGUGCACCCAGGCUUUGCACGACUGCCGCCCCAGCCAGGAUUGCCAUAACCUGCCAGGCUCCUACCAGUGCACCUGCCCCGACGGCUACCGCAAGAUUGGGCCUGAAUGUGUGGAUAUAGACGAGUGCCGCUACCGCUACUGCCAGCACCGCUGCGUCAACCUGCCCGGCUCCUUCCGCUGCCAGUGCGAGCCGGGCUUCCAGCUGGGACCCAACAACCGCUCCUGUGUAGAUGUGAACGAGUGUGACAUGGGGGCUCCGUGUGAGCAACGCUGCUUCAAUUCCUAUGGGACCUUCCUGUGUCGCUGCAACCAGGGCUAUGAGCUACAUCGGGACGGCUUCUCCUGCAGUGAUAUCGAUGAGUGCAGCUACUCCAGUUACCUCUGCCAAUACCGCUGUGUCAAUGAACCUGGCCGCUUCUCCUGCCACUGCCCGCAGGGCUAUCAGCUGCUGGCCACGCGCCUCUGCCAAGACAUUGAUGAGUGUGAGUCGGGCGCACACCAGUGCUCUGAGGCCCAAACCUGUGUCAACUUCCACGGGGGCUACCGCUGCGUGGACACCAACCGCUGCGUGGAGCCCUACGUCCAGGUGUCUGACAAUCGCUGCCUCUGUCCGGCCUCCAACCCUCUGUGCCGGGAGCAGCCCUCCUCCAUCGUGCAUCGCUACAUGAGCAUCACCUCGGAGCGCAGUGUGCCCGCGGAUGUGUUCCAGAUCCAAGCGACCUCUGUCUACCCUGGUGCCUACAAUGCCUUUCAGAUCCGUGCAGGAAACUCGCAGGGGGACUUCUACAUUAGGCAAAUCAACAAUGUCAGCGCCAUGCUGGUCCUCGCCCGGCCCGUGACGGGCCCCCGGGAGUACGUGCUGGACCUCGAGAUGGUCACCAUGAACUCCCUCAUGAGCUACCGGGCCAGUUCUGUACUGAGACUCACCGUCUUCGUGGGGGCCUACACUUUCUGAGGAGUGGGUGGGGGGGACCCUCAGGGAGGGAGAGGCUUCCUGCAGCCGGAGAGCCUGGGGCUCAGGGAUGUCUGUGCUCGCUGCAAGGGCAGAUGCUGUUGUGAAGAGUAGAAAGAGAAAGGCAAUAAAGGGAGAAAGAAGGAGUCCUGGUGGCUGAGGUGGGUGGGGAACACCGUAGUGAAUCCCGGAUCGGGUAAGGGGCCCGGCUGUGGGAGGGCGGGCCAGUCACCCAAAGCAGGGGGGAAUGCCUCUGUUCAGGCUCAGGGGGCCCCACAGAUAGGAGCUGGGAACUGCAUCCCCAAGGCCGGGAUUGGCCAACCAUGCACAUUAUGAGAAAGGAGGUAAUAAGGCUGCAGGCUUCAGGACCCAGCCCAGGAAUUGGGGUUUGACUGGUUUGCGGGGGACCUGGGAAACCCCACUGUAGACAAUGGAGGCCUUGGGUUUUACUCCCAGCUUGGCCUCAAACUAUCAAUUUGGCUAAACCCUAAUAGCUUCCGGUGCCUCAGUUUUCCAAUCCAUAAAAUGAGGCAGUUAGGCCAUGAGCACUUUCCAGACAUUUUUCCAAAAUACAGAACUUGUUAUUGAA